AUGACGUCCGACGGGCCUCCUGCCAAGCGCCCGCGUGGCCCGUGGCGGACGGUGCCCGAAAAGUCUCCGAACGAUCAGUUUGCCUACCGCUGGUUGGCCUUUGAGAAUGGAGUAGAAGUGCUCCUUGUCUCCAGUGAUGACCAGAAGAAGAGUCGCAGCGCAUGCGCCUGCGCGGUGCAAGCCGGAUCCUUCAACGAUCCAUUCAGCUGUCAGGGCUUGGCGCAUUACCUGGAGCACAUGCUCUUCAUGGGCAGCAAGAAGUAUCCAGGUGAGGAUGAGAUGGAAGCCUUCCUCUCCAAACAUGGGGGCUCAAGCAAUGCCUUCACAGAUUGUACCCAUACCUGCUACUACUUCGAGGUCAAGAAGUCCGCGCUUCACCAGGCAGUGGACUUGCUGGCUCAGUUCUUCGUGGCCCCGCUCCUCAAAACAGACUCCGCGGAGAGGGAACUGCAGGCGAUCGAGUCGGAGUUCCGGCUCACGCAGAACAACGACGACUCGCGCUUGGAAGGGCUGCUGAGCCACUUCGCCCGCUGGCCCUUCAAGUGCUUUGGGUGGGGCAAUCUCCGAAGCCUAAAGGCCUUCAACGUGAACUUGGAGCCGGAAGGACGGAGGGAGGGUUUUGCGAUCGAUCCGGACAGCGCUUCCAUCACAGCUUCCAUUUGGGACCGUGAAGUAAAGAUUGAAGAGCUCACUCAGCAAGUGUCCACCAUGAAAGCGCAGCUCGAGAAGCAAGAUGCUGAGAUGGGAAGGCAAGGGAUGGCCAUUGAACUGCAGGCAGUUGAGAUCAAGCAGUUGAAAGCCCAGUGUGAGACUGCAUUGAGCAUGGCCCAAGAGGCAGCACCAGCGGUUGAAUGGGGGUGUCUCACCCAGCAGCAGAAGUUUAUGGUGCAGUUCCUCUUCGUUUUGGUGUUCUCAAUCAUCGCAGUGCCCCUUCCCUUGCUGAUCCCUAUCAAUGAUCCCAAUGCGGGAGCGCUUGGCAACAUGUCCUUCUUUUAUGGGUAUAACAUCUUCGUGAUCGUCUACUACCUCCCCGGCCAAUACCGACGCUUGGAGCUCCUCUUGGUGCGCCCACCCAAUGGGAAGGAGAUGGCCCGGUCUUCCAGUGCGAUCAGUUACCUUGGCAAAGUCACCUGGCAAGACACGGCCAAGAGGGUGAUCUUCUACCUCUUGGUGAUCUUUGGUUGGUGCACUGGCUACUUCCUGUGCGCCGUGCCAUGGGGAACGAACCUCAUCUACUCCUACAACAUGCUUUACGGUGCCCCUCCAACCUUUGCCAUGGUGGACUGGCUGUUCCUGGUCUUAGCAGAUCGAAGCUAUUGGAACGUGAAGACCCUUAUACUCAUUUUUGUCUACAACUUCCUCACCCUGGCACCCGUGCUGCUCUUGUGCGGCAUUGUCUUCGCCAGCGCCUUCUUCAACACCCCCGUGCUGAUUCUUUGCGCCGCGCUGGCAUCAUGGAUCCUGAUGGAAGUGGUGGGCAUCAUUUCGGACAAGGUACUGCAAAUUCUGAUUCCAUGGGCAGGCUACAGCCUCGAGCACUACUACCAGGUGGGCAACUCCUUGGUCUUCUCCUGCUUGCUGACCUUCUCCGAGGUGAUCCUGUUCCCCAGUACGAACUCUUGGUGGGCCCUUGUGGGAGUCGUGAUUGUCGACACGAUCGGGGCCGCUCUCCAAUUGCGAGUGCUGUGGAAAUGCGUUGUCUCAGACAGGAGCAAGGGAGAAGGCAUCAGCCAGGAAACCCGUGAGGCCUUGUGGUCCCAGUGUGAAGUCGACGUGGCGCGCUUCUGGCCCGUGCUGGUCGCACUACCUCCACUUGUUUGGCUGAUGGACGACCGCAAUCCGAACCGUCAGUACUACUACCUCUUCGAUUGUACCACAGCUGAGCACAUGAACAUCACCGUGGUGUGCAUCCUGGUGAAGUUGGGGUGGACCUGUGCUUUGACGACCGUGGAUGUGGUGUUGUGCACUUCGUGGGGAAUAGGACUCGAGAGGGCCAAACAACUCACGAAGAUGUAUGACAAGCAUUGGGUGAUGAUGACAGCAACCUUUGCUUUGAGUGGGGCACUUUUCACCAGCUGCUGGCUAGUGAAGCACGAUGGCCUACGACUGUUGGAAGUGCUCAGUGAAUGUUGA